AUAUUUAUGAAAUUGUGAUGAUUUUGUGUUCAUAUAACAAUUUUUUGGCAUGAUGUUAUGUAGAUAUCAUACCUAAAACUUUAUACUAUCCUCUGUUUAUUGAUUAUCACAUUUUGUUUUCAAAAUAUGGGCCUACUGUUCUCAAGACUCUGGAAUCUUUUCACAAAUGAAGAACACAAAGUAAUUAUUGUGGGCCUAGACAAUGCAGGGAAGACAACUAUUUUAUAUCAGUUUUUAAUGAAUGAAGUUGUACACACGUCGCCAACCAUUGGCAGUAAUGUGGAGGAAGUGGUGUGGAAGAAUAUUCACUUCUUAAUGUGGGAUAUAGGUGGACAGGAAACACUGCGGUCAUCGUGGAAUACAUACUACACAAAUGCACAGUUUGUGAUUCUGGUGAUUGACAGCACAGACAGAGAGAGGUUAUCAAUAACCAAGGAAGAACUCUAUAAAAUGCUCAAUCAUGACGAUCUUAGGAAAGCAGCUGUUCUAGUGUUUGCCAACAAACAAGACAUCAAGGGUUCCAUGUCAGCAGCAGAAAUAUCACAACACCUGAAUCUGACAUCAGUCAAAGACCAUGCCUGGCAUAUACAGGCUUGCUGUGCUCUCACUGGGGAGGGACUUUACCAAGGUUUGGAAUGGUUAUCAAGUAACUUAAAAAGAAGAUGAUGAAGUAUGUUUAGGACCUCAAUUUAGUGACUAUAGUAAAAUGGUGCACUGGAUGAGCAGGUGGUACAAAAAUUGGCUUUGACAUGGGAUGACUGGUAAAGCUGAUUCCGGGUGUUUUGUCAGCGAUCCUCUCUGGUGUUGUCAAUAUACCAUGCCAGCUAGGUUACCAAGCCUUGCUUCACCGUUGUCAGGAAUGUGUUCACAUUUCCAUGAUUAUUGAACUUAAGUGCUGAUGUACAUACAUUGCAGGAGAAUGGACUUGUAAAUAAAAACCGGACUCAAUGGGCAAAAAUGCCAUGGCACAUCAUCCAUUCGUCAACUUUUUCUGAUUUCUUGUCCGUCCGUUCUGAAAAUUUUGCAAAAUAAGGUUAAAAGCCAAGUAAAGGAAACUUUUUACACAUGCACUUGAUGUGCAGGCGAAUUGUAUUAGCAAUUUAGAGAGGGAUAGAUCACGAUUAAAGAAUAAAAAGUUAUAGAAAUUUUAAUAGAGAAGUUUAUAGUACCUGAAUAUUGAGUAGACCAUUGUUUGCUGGGUUCAUCACCUUGUGAACAGCCAGGGAUGUCUUUACAUGGGACAAUAAACCAGCUAACAUCAUUCAUUACAGUGCUGAAAGUUGGGACUAAAACAUUUUCCAUAAAAGGUGCUUUAUAGAAGUCAAAGUUCAUGCCAUGUAUAAAGUAUUGAUGAACCAUUUUAAGAAGUGUUCGGUAACAAAUUAAGCUCAGCUGAUUUUAGAAUACAAGGUUUGGAUAAUAUAUAUAUCAAAACAGGUUCAAGUAAUUAUGAGUCACAAGAGAUGUAAAAUUGAAGUCUUUAAAUUCUAAAAUGUUUUGUCUCCAGAUGUUAAUUUUUUGAACCCUUUGAAGUUCUAUCUUAUAUUCCACUGAAAUCAGUAUGGAACACUUUCGGUCAGACUAGUUCAAAUAAAUAUUGUUGAGCCUCUUUUAAUUAUAAGAAAUUAUGCCUGUGAAAAUAAGUUUGAAUUACAUGUAUCAAAGCCAACAUGCUUAAAAUUACAUAUAUAACAGAAUUCUGUUAUCAUGUAAGGAGUCACCUUAAAGCAAAGUGCAGGAGGAACUUUGGAAAUUCCAAUGUUUAGAGCAGUGAAGUUCAAUUUCAGAAAUUAUUCUGAUGUAUUGAAGUUAUGAGUUUGGGAAAGAUGGAAUAAGUUGAUGGGGAUACCCUGUGAUGGAUUGUACAGCACAGAAAUGAUUGAUUAGAGAAGUAUUACUCAAUACUAAAUAAACAAAAACAAAAUACAAAUGAAGCCUGUGGACCAUUUCCCAAAAGAGAACAAUUGUGAAGAUGUAAAGGCACCUGUACAAAUUAUAUUUAUAUAUUGAUUGUUUGAUCAUUCUUUAUGGUCAGAAAUGAUCAAUAUUUGAUAAAUAAUGAUUGCCAAAAGAACUAUUAUUAAAAUCUAUUGCCUAUAUGUAAAAAAUGAUGUUGCAUUAUUGUUUUAUAACAUAUGAUUAUUGUCAAUGUGUAAAUGAAGGAAUGAAGAAGUUGUACAUAGAAUGCAAGUCAAUAUGGUAUUCAUGAUUUUAUUUGUACCAGGGUAUUUAAAGUGAACAAGAAUGAAAGACUUUAUAUACAAUUCACUGAGGAAGAAUCAUUUAGACAUUGUAUGUAUGGAUUUUGAUGAAUGUGUCUGCUCAAGCCCUGCCAAAUGAUAGUUCAUUAAGUCGAUCAAACAAGAUAUUCAACUUUACAUUUAGAUUUCAGGGAUGAUACGUCAUACUUUUUAAGUCUGUAAAAGUUGUUUUCCCUCAAACUUUAAACUUUGUUGUGAGAUUAUUUUCUUGGACUAUCUAUUUCUUGUCAGAAAGUUGGGUUUGAUGUAGGGCUACCAACCCAGUGUCCCGAAAAAUUGGGGGAAAAAAUCCUGAAAAUCAAAGACAAGAAAUGAAAAUGACUGCUUUCUCAACACAAAUGAUACAGCAACCUGUACCGAUAUAAAUUAGGAAAUAUAAGAGUAAACUUUCCUUGAUUGCUGAGUAGAUAUUUGAGAUUUUUUUCCAUUAGUUUGGUUUUUUGAUAAUUUUUAGCUAGGGAAAACAACCUGUUUUGGGGUUUUAAAUGGAAUGAAAAGAAAAAUAAAAAAAACCCAUACAUUUAAAGGUCAAUAGUGCUCUGUCUUGUAGCCUGGGACAGCAUUAAUGGAAGUUCUUUAUUCAUCUGGUUUUAUGUGAUAUUUACAUUUUAUCAAAAGCAGUAAGAUUUAUAAUGAAUGUUUUUUUUCUGUAAUAUUUUGAUUAAGUAUUGUUUCAUAAACUGUGAAUCUAUGUAUCCAAGAUUUGAAUAUUUUGUCAGUAUUUAUAGAGUAUUGUUCAACUUACAGUAUUUGCUUCAGUCAUCACGAUAAAUUCAAGCUGCACAAUUUUCAUGUUCCUUAUAGAUUAAUGUUAGAAAAUGCAGUGACAUUUAACUUGCACAAAAAAGACUGCACCACUGAAAUUGCAAAGUUUCAAAUUUUUCAAUAUGAUCACACCCAAAAAUAGAUUUUGUCGUCCAUGUUUGAAUAUGGAAAAUGAUCUUUUUUGUUUAUUUGUUAAAGUUAUAAUCAUGGAUGUAGAUAAAUCAGACAAUGACAAUAAACAUUAAAAAGAUUGGACUUCCAUAUUUGUUAUAUUUUUCAUUUUUUGCUUUUUUUUUUUUGUAAUUAGACUUCUUCAGUAGACAUAAAAAAGACUUCGUCGUCAGGUUGUAUAAUUUCAAUAACAGAUACAUUGAGAUUAUUUUGUUUCACAAUACAUGUAAUUCAACGAAAAUGUGCCUAGUGAUUUUAGAUUUUGUCUUGUUUGAUAAAAUACAUAUCAUUAUUUAGCUUCAUAUUUAGUAUAUAAGUAUCAACAGUUAAACUUUAUCAAAGAACCAUUUUUGCCACGAGUACGGUUAAAUUUCUCUUUCUUAAUAUCCUUUUUUUUUCAUUUCUGAACCUGUAAUUGCCCUACAAGAAGAAAAAGCCACUUUCUGUUUUUUUCCUAUGGUUUUCUCUGAAUCAAAGUAUAGCUUCUAGAGAGCUGUUGUCUUGAUAUUAGAAUUAAGGUUUGACUUGUUAAGAACCAUUUCUGCAACCAUGAUCGAGUACAUGGUGCUGCUAUCCAUAAAUAUUUGAUACACAGUUUAAAAGUUUACCAAUGUCCUGUGAUAAGGCCAUCCCUUGACUUUGAGUGAAAAGUAAUAGUUUUUGCCCCAGGGCCUAUUGCAGUAUAGGCGUGGUUACCCAUCUAAAAGUUAUUAGUCAUUAGAUUUAUCAUAAAUGUCAGUGUGAUGUAAUAUCAGCUGUAUCAUACCUGCCAAAAUUGAUAACUGAUGUCCUGAUGAGAGUUUGUGUAAAUGAGAUGUAUCAUGUGUGAGCUUCCAUAGAAAUGGUAAAUCAAUUAGUAUCAUAUUUAUCUGACAAUAAACCUAUGUCUGUCAAUAAGCCCACCCAUGAAUAUUGCUGUUCAGUAGAAUUAUGAAUCAAUACUGUUUCAGUGUCCUGUAAUAAACCAUCCACAACUUUGAAUAAGAAGUGAUGAGUUGUACCCUAGACUUAUUUCUGGAUAAAUGUGGUACUGAUGUAAACAUUUCCACUGAAACUGAUCAUCCAUCGUGGCAAGAUGUCCAAUUUUAUUGUUAAGUACUUGGUAAUUUUUCAUGUCAAUAUAUUUCAAGGACAGCUCAUCAGUAUUUGUAUAUUGGAUUUUAUAAGAAACAGUUUAUAUGCACUUAAACAUGUCAGCCAGGGUUCUAUAUGAAAAAACUGAAAAUUUAAGAUAAAAUCUUAUCUAUGCUGUGAAAAGGAAACUAAUAUGAAAAAGUUUGUGUUAUUCUAAAUCUGUAACUGCUAUCAUAGACUUUUUUUAUAACUGCAGAUGUUAAGAGUUUGAAUUUAGCCUGGGGUAGCGCAGGAUAAUUUUUUUUUCUGCAGGAAUGAAAUGUGUAUUACCUGCUAACAGUAUGUAUGUAUUGGAUAUUAUAUUGACAACUCCUGGACUGUGUUCUUAUUUACCAUAAAAAUCAACAUGUCCUCUCAGUUAUGACUAAUUAUCUGUCUUUGAAUUUAUGUAAGAAAUGAGGAAAUAUUAUAUUUUAUUAGUAACAAAAUAUUUUGUUAAUAAAAUGUACAUCUUAGAUAGGCUUUUAAAGUUAAGUA